AUGAGGAUCAGGGACGUCAUCGACGUGGGCCACUCACCCUGCACCCAGGAGGUGCUCCCAGCGCUGUCCGUCUGCCCCAGCUUCCAGAACCAUCAGCUCCUCACCUCCCACCGGCUGCCCCUGUCUACUGGUUCUUCCCCGCCUCCCUCCCCUACAGCCCAGACACAGCCUCAAGUGUCUGCCCUGAGAACAGACAAGCCCCUGGACCCCCAACUCCCACCUAUGCCUCUCCCCUGUUCCUUUUGUCCACACCACCUCUCCACCUUCACGGUCACUCUUUUCUCCUCCCAGCCCCAGGCAUUGCGUCCACACUUCAUCCCUCCCUGGCAGGACCCACCUCCUGGCUGUGUAAUCUUUAGCUACUUAGCUUCUCUGUGCCCUAGUUUCCUCAUCGGUAAAAUGGGGCUAAUGGUGGUUCCUACACCAUAG